AUGUAUGAAGGAGUGGUUUUUUCAUCUGGUGACGAAGAGUACGAAGACGUGUAUGUAAGCGCGCUGGGGGCUCUGGCAGCUGGUUGCCUGAGGCGCAAAACGGUAAGAUUCCAUCUCCGAGUCUACCUCAAUGUCGAAUUCUACAGCCCUUUAACCGUCGCUAAGAGUCGCAUGCAGAUGCUGUCCUCGCGGAUUUUGACCCGGCGCCUGCCCCAGGUUGCUGCUCGUUUUACCGCUCCGCGCGCCUCAUUUUCACAAAUCCGGAGUCUUUCUGCAGCUGAGAUUGAUGAUCCUUUGCAGAACGGAGGUUAUCAGAACCCCCCUCGUGUGAAGCGUGCUUUCAGAGACCCCUACGGCGACUGGUGGGAUAAGCAGGAGAGAAGGAACUUUGGCGAGCCCGUCCACGAGGAGAAUGAAAUCCUCGGCGUCUUCAGUCCCGAGGCAUAUACCCAUGUCACACCCCGCAAAGGCCUGUUCCAGAUUGGAGCUUUCAUCGCAACAUUCCUUACUCUCUGCGGCGUCGUGAGCCUGUACUACCCUGACAAGCCCAGCGUCCCCAAAACUUAUCCCGGCGGCUUGGAGAAGGAGCUUGGAGGUGCGAGUGCUGUUCCGGCUCGCAAGGGCGGUGAGGACUCUUGGUAG